AGUCCUUUAAGAGUCCUUUGGGCUCUGUGCCCACUGCCCCCUUGUUCUGAAUACAGGAAUGAUACCAAUCCCUGCUCUAUGGAGUGUCUAGUCUCUGGGGAAGCUGUGCCUUUCUGGUUCUGACAGUGACUACGUCGUCUCUGCCAUUCCUAAAGAACACCUCUCUCUGCUCAGUCCCAGCAUGGCUCUCCCCCCCAGCCCCUUGGCUAUGGAAUAUGUUAAUGACUUUGAUUUGAUGAAGUUUGAAAUAAAGCGGGAGCCUUCUGAAGGCCGAUCUGGAGUCCCUACAGCCUCACUGGGCUCCACACCGUACAGCUCAGUGCCUCCUUCACCCACCUUCAGUGAGCCAGGCAUGGUGGGCAGCGGUGAGGCCCCUAGGCCAGGCCUGGAGGAGCUAUAUUGGCUGGCUACCCUGCAGCAGCAGCUGGGGGCUGAUGAGGUUCUGGGGCUGAGUCCUGACGAAGCUGUGGAGCUGCUGCAGAACCAGGGUCCAGUCUCUGCAGAAGGGCCUCAUGGUUACUAUUCAGGGAGCCCAGGGGAGACAGGAGCCCAGCAUGUCCAGCUGCCCGAAAGAUUUUCGGACGCGGCGCUGGUCUCGAUGUCUGUGCGCGAGUUGAACCGGCAGCUGCGGGGCUGCGGGCGCGACGAGGCUCUGCGGCUGAAGCAGAGGCGCCGCACGCUCAAGAACCGCGGCUACGCGCAGGCUUGUCGCUCCAAGCGGCUGCAGCAGCGGCGCGGGCUGGAGGCCGAGCGCGCCCGCCUGGCCGCCCAGCUGGAUGCUCUGCGGGCUGAGGUGGCCCGCCUGGCUCGCGAGCGCGACCUCUACAAGGCCCGCUGUGACCGGCUGACCUCCGGUGGUCCUGGGUCCGAAGACCACACACACCUCUUCCUUUGAGCCUCUAGGGCAGGGGGUGUGGCUGUUUGGAGGUGGCUGGGUAGAUGGCACUAUACAGGAAAGGGAGUCCACUAACCAAAUCGCUACCUGUGGUCCUGUAUGUCCAUAUAAAUAUCCCCAAACUUCUGACCCCUGUGGCAUGCCAGAGGUUAGAUCCUUUGCUGGAGAUGAGUCCCCUUCCCUUUUGCAGGUUAUGACUCUUCAUGAUUUAGUAGGGCACUGAAUUCUGUAGGAGCUAGUGCCUGUUCUGAGGGUGGAGGCAUGGAGGAAGGGCAGGUGGCAUGCUGAAUAGGAGGAAGAGGAGGAAGAGGAGGAAGAGGAGGAGGAGGAGGAGGAGGAGGAGUGGUGCAGCUCCCCUCUCGGUGUAGUUCUUAAUUCAAGGUUUUCAACCUGUAAUGCGUUGAUGCUGUAAUUAACAAUGAAGCUUUGGACUCCCCAUUUUACAACUAUUGGAUUGUCAAGAUUUCAAUUCCCCUAAACAAGCAGUAAUAGGUCAACUCAAAAUGCUUUUCUCGGCUCAACCCAGUGGCCUUUAGAGUCCAAAGCAGCAGAAUAGUGCCCUGGAUGGGAGCCUGGCGACCUGGGCACUAGUCUCAACUGUGUCACAGGCUGUAUGUCGGUCACCUUAAGCAAAGCAAUUGCCAUAAGGUUUCUCUCAUUUGGACUGGAUGACCUCUGACACUGUUUUAGUUUUGGCAGGUCUAAUGGUCUCCUCAAGAGGGCCCAAGAGGACUGUACCAAAGGGACAUCCUGUUCUGUCUCAGCUUCUUGGCUGUAGCUUAGGCAAUAGAUAGGUACACAGCAUGGCUGCUCUGGGAGUCCUAACUUGCACUGGCUCUAAGGGCCCCCUCUAGGCUUCCUUGGCCUUCAGACUGCAUAGGGUGCCCUUGCUACCGCCUGCCUCACAGCUAAAGUGAGUGAGACCUUACAGGAUAACCGGGGGCCAAGAGACUGUGGCUUUUGUGAAUUAAACCUGAAGUCUAAGAAAAACUGUUAUUGGCUAAGUGUUCUUGCAAUUUAAAAAGAGGUAAUUCUAUAUCACUGCUUUGGAUAACUGUUUUGUGUGUUUGCUGUGUGAGAGAAAGAAAAGGGAAUAAGGGAGGGAGAGGAAGGGGAAGAAGGUUUUUUUUGGGGGGGUCCUGCUGUUGUAGCUCAGCGGUAGAUUGCUUGCCUAAUCUUUGCAGAGAGACCCUUUUUGGAGCCGAGCAGUGUAUAUCUCAGUUCUAGAAGGCCAAUGAAAGUGAAUUGGAGGAGGUGGAGGAAUGGUCCAGAUGGAGCCUCACCACCCACCACCACCACUACCACAACCAAAACCCAGGAGCAGCAGUGACCCUAGCUAGGCCUGUCUGUAGCUGUCCUCCAGGUCUCACAGUUGCCAUGGUAACCCAGCCCUCCAGUUCAGCAACAUAUGGGGAGGGCCUUUGGGCAGAGCAGAAGCUUUGAGCUGGGAGUAUCCACCUCAUCAGCCACUGUCAUCUGUCCUCUAAGGGGCAUAAUCAACGGGAGAUGCAGGCCUGUGUGGGG